AUGGCAGCUGUCGCUACCCCUCGCGCCCCGACGCCGCGCCCAAAAGCCCCCGCGACAGUCAGCUUCUCGACCGACGCGGCCUCGACCAUCCCUACACCUCUGCCCACCCCCGGCGCCGACCGAAUUCGUCCUCCACUACAGGGCAACCCUUCUGCUCGCCGGUCCGCCCGGCCUGCGCCGACAGACUUCCUAUCCGACAAGGCCACCGCUGCCUUCAUCCGUCGCGUGCUAUGCUCCAAGCAUCUGGCUGAAAGAGGGAGGGCAACUCCCGCCCCGAUCGAGGAGCUGCUACCGCCCCUGACCAGCCGAAACGAUGUUGACCUGCAGCUAUACGCACUCAUUGCGGUUAUUCUGAGGGAAUAUGUACAAGCGUGGUAUAGCAAGAUCACUCCCGAUGACACAUUUGUCGACGAAAUCGUCCAGAUAAUUGCCCAUUGCACGAGAGCUUUGGAGCAACGACUACGGAAAGUUGACUUGGAAAGUCUCCUGUUUGAUGAGCUUCCCGAUUUGCUGGACAGACACAUUUUAGAAGACCCUUCGUCUGUCGCGGCUCAGAAAGGAAACGAAGCCAUCUACCGUCAGCUAUUGGUACAUGGAGUACUCGCUGUUCUCCUGCCAACUGAAGACCUUGAAAACGACUGCCUAACCUCCCUAGUCGGCCAAAUCUUUUCCGAGUUGAUCAUUGGUAAUGUUCUCGCCAAUCGACUCUCGCAACCUUGGCUCAUUUACGAAUGCCUUAUCAUUCUCACCAGAGUCCUUGAUAAGGGGAAAUCAGGACCUAUCGAAGAAGGGGCUGCGGACUCUUUGCGGGCCGGGUCAACAUCCGCGGGCCCUAAACUGGCUCGUCGUAGCUGGUCCGUCCAGGGGGCGUUCUGGUCGCUUGUACAAUGGUCAUUCCUCGCCUUCACAUCCAUCCGUCUGCUCAUCACCACUCUCGCCAUGUCUUCAUCCUUGCCCCCACGGUCAGACCGUGACCUGAACGAGGAACACGAGGCGACUGGUCAAAUAUCAAACUCGAAAACGCCAAAUCCUGCCACUAGUUCAAACGAGGCGCGGCCAGUGAAGACGCCUAUUGCCACCUUCAAACUGUGGACCUGCAUAUCGGACUUGAUCGAAAUGGACACUCGCAUGCCUUGGUUGAGCGGAAUGCUAUCGAUGCUACAGCUUGGAGCAAUGAAAGGCCCAGGUCGUGUUGCUGGUCUCAACGGAGCCAUGGAUAGGUAG